CACCACUACACUCACCCAACAUCAGCCCAGCACCCACCCAGCACCCGCUCCACCGCGCCGUCGCACCCCCUCCUACUCACCUUCCCUGCAGUUCCUCCGGUGCCCUUCCCGCCCUCGCCAUGGCGAACCUCCAGCCCCUCGCCGACCUGUUGCAAGCCAGCCUGGACCCCCGCCAGAGCAAGCAAGCGGAAAAGACCAUCGCCAUGCAGCAGACUCAGCCCGGCUUCUCGCUCGCUCUCCUCCAGAUCGUCGCCUCUGAGGCGUUCCCCCCGACGACGCGGCUGGCCAGCGUGCUGUACUUCAAGAACUUCGUCAAGCGCAACUGGGUGGACGAGGCCGGCAACUACAGGCUGCCUCUUGAGGAGGUCGCCGCCAUCAAGAGCGAGCUGAUCGGCCUUAUGGUCUCUGUGCCGCCCAAUUUGCAGUCCCAGCUCGGUGAAGCCAUCAGCGCAAUUGCGGACAGCGACUUCUGGGAGCGCUGGGACACGUUGGUCGACGACCUGAUUGCGCGUCUGACCCCCGACAACCCAACUGUCAACAACGGCGUACUCCAUGUCGCCCACUCCAUCUUCAAGCGCUGGCGUCCACUGUUCCGCUCCGACGACCUUUUCACCGAAAUCAAUCACGUCCUCUCCAAGUUCAGCACCCCUUUCCUGACCCUCAUGGAGAACACCGACUCCGUCAUAGCCAAUGCAAAGGACCCCGACACCCUCAGGAACGCCUUCACUACCCUCAACCUGAUAAUUAAGCUCUUCUACGACCUGUCAUGUCAGGAUCUGCCCCCCGUCUUCGAGGACAACAUCGCCGCUAUCUCCAGCCUGUUGCACAAGUAUCUCGUCUACGACAACCCGGCACUCCAUUCUCAAGACGACAGUGAGUCCGGCAUCCUCGAGUUCAUCAAGGCGGGAAUCUUUGAAGCCGUCAUGCUCUAUGUUCAGAAGUACGAGGAUGUUUUCGGCUCCCAGCUUAAUCAAUUCAUCGAGAGCUCUUGGACCUUUCUAAUGAACAUCGGCCUGGAGACGAAAUACGAUAUAUUAGUCAGCAGAGCCCUCCAGUUCCUCACCGCUGUUGCAGGCACACACUACGCUGAGAAUUUCAACAGCGAGCCGGUCCUGGUUCAGGUGAUUGAGAAAGUCAUCCUGCCGAACCUCACGCUACGAGAAUCUGAUGUUGAGCUCUUCGAGGAUGAGCCUAUCGAGUUCAUCCGAAGGGAUCUGGAGGGCUCUGACAAUGAUACGAGACGGCGGGCGGCUACCAAUUUCCUCCGCCAGCUGAUGUCUCGCUUCGAGCAACUAGUCACAUCAACGGGCAAGAAAUACAUAGAUAACUACCUUCAGUCCUACCAGAACGACAAGAGCAAUUGGAGAUCCAAGGACACAGCAGUCUACCUCUUCUCCGCCAUUGCCAGCACAGGGACAGCCACAGCGGCUCAGGGUGUUUUGACAGUAAAUCCUCAUGUUGAUGUCCUUGACUUCUUCCAGAAGAAUAUUGCGGGGGACUUACAGGCGGCCGACGCUGAGCCGAUCCUGAAAGUGGAUGCGAUAAAGUUCAUUUACGUCUUCCGCAGCCAGAUGACCCCUCAAUAUUGGCACGCAGCAUUCCCCCUUCUUGUCAACCACCUUGCCAAUUCAAACUAUGUCAUUCACACCUACGCUGCUAUUGCCGCUGAACGAGCGCUAUUCAUGACCGACAACAAUCGGCAGCCAAUUAUCCCCAAGGACGAUGUAGUGGCAGUGUCCAAGGACCUCAUCACGCAUCUUUUCAAGCUAAUCACCAAGAACACCGCACCCGAGAAGAUCCAGGAGAACGAAUUCCUGAUGAAGUGUGUGAUGCGAGUUCUCAUCUUCAUCCGGGAAGGAGUGUUGCCUAUCGUUGACAUUGUCUUGAACAGCUUCAUCAACAUAACCAAAGUCAUCAGGCACAAUCCCAGCAAUCCUCGGUUCCAAUACUACCUUUUUGAAAGCAUCGGAGCCUUGAUCCGUUUCGCUGGACCCACCCAAAGCGCUAACCUCGAGACGAAAUUAUAUGAUCCAUUCGCGGCCAUCUUACAGGAAGACGUACAAGAGUUUAUUCCUUACGUUUUCCAGCUGUUCGCCGCACUUUUAGAAGCAAAUCCUUCUGGUCAAUUGUCGGAGUACUACAAGUCAUUGCUGGAACCCAUCUUGAUGCCCUCUCUGUGGGAGUCCAAAGGAAAUGUGCCCGCCUUGACUCGGUUGCUUACAGCCAUCAUCGCCCGUGACGCAACAGAUAUUGUUGCACAAAACCGCGUCGAGCCAAUCCUAGGUAUCUUCCAAAAGUUAGUCUCGUCUAAAGCCCAUGAAGUCAAUGCCUUCGAGCUGAUUGAGACCGUGAUUGCCUGUAUCCCUCCCGAAGCACUGCAACAGUACUUUGUUACCAUUGUCCAGUUAAUGUUAACUCGGUUGUCGAGUAUGAAGACAGAGAUAUUCCAACAACGUUUCAUUGCCUUCUACCACUUCAUAUCUGCCCGCCAGGACAAAGGCCUUGGCGCGGAUUUCUUCAUCAACGUCACGGAUCAAGUCCAGCAUGACGUCUUCAAGCCCAUUUAUCUCACGAUUAUUCUCCCUGACACUCAGAAACUCACCCGCCCAACCGAUCGCAAGACUGCUGUAGUGUCCUACACAAAGACUCUGACUGACUCGCAAGCUUUCGUAGACAGGUAUCCCAAAGGUUGGGGGUUGACAUGCCAACGACUGCUGGAGCUCCUGCUAAAUCCACCCGUUCCAGCUGCCAACGAUGAUAUCAUCCCGGAUGCAGACGUCGAUGACGCUUCAUUUGGAGUUGGUUUCACACAGCUGCAUACAUGCAAGAAAGUGCCGCGAGAUCCAUUCCCAGAGAUCGAAAAUGUGAAGACAUGGGUGAGAGAGUACCUGAAAGAGGCGAAUACUCGGCACAAUGGCAGGAUCGUGGUCCUCGUGGAGGAGAGAUUAUCCCCGGAGGUCAAAGCUGCCCUCUCAGAGUAUCUUUGAGAGUUGCAAUCUUGGCAACAAAGUCCGCAAAGGACCAGAGUUAUGUUGAGACCUUGGGGAAGAAUAUUGGAGCCUAGAUUUCCACGGGAUGGCAUGAUAAUUGUAUAGUUUUGGGACUGAUACCAGAAAAGGGACAAGCUCGGCGUACUGGUAGAUAGAUAGGUAGGUCGUGCCGGAAAGGAA